AUGUCUUGUCAGAAUCAAGAACGUAAAAGAAUCUAUCAAGUCUGGCCAGGCAAAAAUAAAUUUUUCUGUGGGGGAAGACUAGUGUUUGGUCCAGACGCAUCUUCACUUAUUUUGACCACAUGUAUGAUAGGAGGACCAGCUAUCACUUUCUGCAUCAGAAUAGCUUUCUUAAUCGGAGAUCACCGCCCUUUAUUCCACUCUCUGAUUUUGAUUCCUGCAAUCCUUCUCACAAUCAUGGACUUCACAUUUCUCUUCUUGACAUCAGCUAGAGACCCUGGUAUCAUCCCAAGGAAUAAAGAAGAAACACCUGAGGCUAUCACACAAUCACUUGAAUUGGUGAGUAAAGGAAACACGAAGUUACCUCGCACAAAAGAUGUAAUGGUGAAUGGCUUCACCGUCAAGGUUAAGUUCUGUGAAACUUGUAAGUUAUACCGUCCUCCUCGCGCGUUUCACUGCUCAACUUGCAACAACUGUGUCCAAAGGUUUGAUCAUCACUGUCCUUGGGUUGGUCAGUGCAUUGCCUUGCGCAACUAUCCGUUCUUCGUAUGUUUCUUAUCAUGUUCAACACUCCUCUGCAUCUACGUGUUUGCCUUCUCAAUGGUCAGCAUGCUUGAAGUCCAUGGCCAAUUCUAUGUCCUCAUAGCUUAUGACUUGAUACUAGGUGUUCUUGCUCUCUACUGCUUUGUUUCCGUUUGGUUUGUUGGUGGACUUACUACGACUUGUGAGAAUUUUCGGAACCAUUAUGAUAAGAAGGAGAAUCCUUACAGAAAAAGUGUCUUAAAGAACUUCAAGGAGCUGUUCUUGUCUAAAAUCCCACCACCUUUGGUUAAUUUUAGAGAUUGGGUGCAAGAAGAUGAAGAAGAAGAUGUGGAGGUGGGUUCUAUUGCCUCAGAGGUGGUCAGAGCCUUUGAGUCACAAGACACGGAAAUGGGCAGUAGAAAAACCAGAUCAUGGUAGCUGCUUUGUGCUUUAACGGAACUGUCAAGAAGUGUAGAUGAAGGCGCUGCAUCUAUUGGCACGGUAUAACAAGGGCCAGGGAGUUUAAAAGGAGAAACUUAAGGGUUGAAUGUGAGAUCAAGAUAAGGCAAGGAACAGAACAAACAUGUGUAAGGACUUUACUUCUGUAAUUUCAAAGCCAUCUAUCUACCUCUGUCUUUACUUGUUAAAAUGACUUCUAAACCUUUUCGCAUGUAGAACAGUAGUUGGAGAUUUAGUGUAUUGUUUAUAGUUGUUUCUUGCGUUGUAAUUCAAAAUGGUGUAUUUCAUUGUUUAGGGUUUUAUAU